AUGGAUCCCACAAACCCUCCAAGGACACCUCUGUCCCCCGCGACCGCUUCUUCGUUCAGCGACCUGAAACCUCGCCGCGACUCUUUCAACUCCGUCUCGACUACUUCUCAGGUAGACAAGGAGCAGAUGGCCCAGGCGCUUGACAAGAUACAUACCUCUGCGAGCCAGUCCGGUGUCUUAACCACCUUCAACGACUUCGCCCCGCCGCCCGCCUCCGCUCCCAUAGAAGGCAAAGGCUCCCCUGGAGACCUUGUGCAUCAGGGUAUCAGCGGGCUCUAUAGUCGCUUCAAAGAAGCCGUUGGUGUGGGUGGAAAGGCAGCCCUGCAAGAGCCGGAAGUCACAGAGCGCAACGAAAGUCUAUCCAGGAAGGGCAAGGCAUCUCUUGCGUCCUUGAACAGCGCCGAGGGCAAUGCGAGCCAGUUUUCAGACCACCCACCAAGUGCGACACCCUCACAUGCGCCGGUGCCAGCUGAAGGCGCCUCCCAGCCACCGCAGUCGUCCAAGGCAUCUUCCAUUGCUACGGUUAGCACAGCAAAGAGUGCACCUAGCCUCCCCAAGAUAGUGAAGGGUGCUGCCCCCUCGGUUGCUGCGACCGCCGUGGCACCAAUAACAGUCAGCGCCUUCAAGGAUAAUGAUGUGACGAGAGGAGUCACGAGCCGUGUCGAGGAGGCCGGCCGGCGGACCAUCAACCAGAUGCCUGAGCUGAAGACCACAAGUGCCUCUAGGGGCUCGAGUAUCUAUGACCCAUCAGAUGCCAGGAACCUCUCUCAUGGAGACUUGAUCACCAGCCCUAGGGGUCAGCGGAGGGACGGCUCUUUCAGUCACGAUGCUGCCUCAGACGAUACUUCCUUAAGCCAUGUCAAAUCGAAUUCGACAGCUGGUGGACUUGAGAUUCCCCGUCCGCGUCAACCAAGAGACAGUCUUAAGAAGCCGGCCGUGAUAGACCGGAUAAGUCGGUCCAGGACAUCGGCCGAGAUUCAUUCCAGAUCAUCAUCGAUAGAAGGGACCGCUGAACCAAGCCCAAUCAACAUGUCAGCGCAUGGGUCUGUUUACCACGAGUCUUUUGGUCACAAUGAAAGGCCAGAGCAGUCUCACGGCGGCGGCAUCAAAAUCCCAGGCACGACCGCUGUCGAGGGGCCUCCUGGUGGUGUCAGCAACCGAUUGGAGAUGAUGAGGAAGCAGGUCCUCAGCAAGGAGUUUUGGAUGGCAGACGAGACGACCAAAGAGUGUUUCCAGUGCGGCGCGCCGUUCUCGGCUUUUCGGCGAAAACAUCACUGUCGGACCUGCGGUUGCAUUUUCGACUCCAAGUGUACUUCGACUAUACCUGGUCAAAGAUUCGGCGUUGCAGGCAACUUGCGAGUCUGCAAGACUUGCCUGGAUGUUAUAAACAGCAGAUAUGACAGCGGUUCAGAUUCGGACAACGACUCCUAUCUGCCUGCUAUCUUUCGGUCAAAUCCUUUGAAGCCCGCACCAUUCGCGAAAGCGAACAUGGACGACAACAUGAGUAUAUCGGAGAGGACAGAGGAUCAUGAUGACAACAGGAUGGCGACAGCUCCGAUGAUGGCCAUCCCCGCUAUGAGGAGAACCGGAGGUGAUUCCGCAAACAGGCGCUCUGCGAUUCUCGAAAUCGACGCUGCUCCACAACUGAGUCGGCCAAGCUCAUCGCGCUCUCUGAGGUCCUUAGCCGCGAGCAGGCCACAAUCUUCGGGCCACAAGAGGCAUCAUUCAAAACAUAAUCUAUUGAAUCGCCUGAAGGGCUCCCCAGUACAAGAUGACUCGGCGCCGUUCCGCAAGUCAGCCAACGAGGAACUGCAAAGAAAACCUAAGCUUCCGGCUUUCCAUGAUGACAACAUCAUUGAUCCCGAACUUGCCCCGUACAUGUCUGACGAAUCAAGCGGCGACGAGCAGCAGAUGAGCAUAUUCGCCACCAUGAAUAGCAGUGACAUAACUCCGUCCAGCCUCGAUCCUGACAAGUCAAAUUUCGGUCCAUUCUUAAACGCAGGCCGCAGGCACAAGGCACGAGGUGAGAAGAGCAUCAGUGGUCUGAGCUUCACCAGUCGUGGACCGCCAGAUGAUGGGAAUGCUGGCGUCACCGUAAUAAAUCAUGGGAGGCAAGGUCGGCGGAGGAACAUGAGCACCACAAGUAACACAGCUCACCACCUUCGAUCGCCUCGACCGAGAUCUGGCAUAUUUAAAGGCCCAGGGGCAUCGACCGAAUCGCUUGCAAUAUUUGACCCGACCACACCCAUCGAGCCAACAUCGCUCAUGAGGAGCAACACCAUUCGGAAGAAGUCGACGCAAGACGAUGAGCUACCUGCAGCCAGCUUGCAGCAUGUUCAGACGCUUUUCGGGCAGCUGCUUCAAGACAAUGGUAUUCAGAACCCCCUUGCUUGGGAAAAGGCUCUGAUACCAAUCCUUGUUCGAUGCUCAAACGAUGUGGACCCCGACACUCGAGUCGGCGACUUGAUGGACAUCAGACACUACGUCAAGCUGAAAAGGAUACCAGGAGGGAAACCCGGCGACACGAGCUAUGUCUCAGGGGUCAUUUUCACCAAGAAUCUUGCCUUGAAGAGCAUGCCAAGGCGGAUUCUCAAUCCUCGCAUCGUACUCGUGUCCUUCCCCAUUGAGUACCAAAGACACCAGCAACAGCACUUCAUGAGCUUGCAGCCUGUCAUCGAGCAGGAAAAGGAGUUCCUGCGGAUGGUGGUGAAUCGCAUUGUUAACCUCCGGCCUCACGUACUGCUAGCACACAAGUCUGUCUCAGGAGUUGCUCUACAAUAUCUCUCGGAGGCUGGUAUAGCUGUCGCAUACAAUGUCAAGCUUGCGGUCAUCGAAGCCGUCUCGCGAUGUGCCAAGGCAGAUAUCAUCGAGACCUUGGACAUGCUGGUUCUGCCUACCCAAGUCGGUCAAGCCGGCGGAUUUGAGGUCAAGACUUACGUGAACAAUAGCUUUCCGGGCCGGAAGAAGACAUACAUUUUUAUUUCCGGCUGCAAGAAAGAACUGGGCUGCACCAUCGCUCUUCGAGGUGCCUCAACAGAAGUGCUCGACAAAAUGAAGAGCGUCACGGAGUUUAUGAUCUACGUCGUCUACAACUUGAAGUUGGAGGCCGCGCUGCUGCGAGACCACUUCGUGUACAUGGGUACGGAUCCAGACAAUGCACCGACACCGUCGAAAGAUGGCCUUGGCCAAAGCCUCAGAUCGCUGCCUAGUUUUGAGAAUAAAAGCGUGCUGGGGACUCUGUCGACAAACGGCGACCAACCUGUGGACAGCGAACAGAAUACGCAGUCUCAAGCUGACUCGGACCCCAAGACAGAGGAAAGUCAGCCUCCUGAUCCCAUGCCACCGCAACCUCCUGAGAAGACCCCAAGUAUGCUAUCACUGCACUCUGCUCAUUCAACACACGACAGUCAUAUUCCUGAGGAUGUGCCAGCGCCACAAUUCUACAGUGAGAUGGUUGCGAAGUAUGAGACCAAAAUUCUAUCUGCUUCGCCAUUCGUCAAAUUUACGCAGCCAUAUCUGCUUGUCAAAGCACGAGAGCAAGAGCGCCGGCUGGUAUAUCUAAAGCGGCUGCGCGAUCAAGACAUGGUUGAGGAACUGGGGGAGAACGAGAAGGCCAAGCCACAAAAGUUCCAACUCAUCAAACCAGAAAUGGUGCAUAAAAUCGGGCAGAAGGCUCCUCGACAGAUAAUGGAAGUCCUACACGCGGUCCACGACGCUGAGUACGACAAGGCCCUGUACAACUACAGGACACAGACUCGUCAGUGGGAAAACUUCAUCGCAGGCGCUCUGGACUUGUUCGACCCUUGUUCACACCAGAACAUUGUCGUUCUUUAUUCCGUCAUCUGCACUGAGACGAAAAUUCCCUGCUCUGAGCCUGGACUGAUCGCCUUUGGCUUCUACCAUGAUGACCCUGCCGACAAUAUGGACCCAGAUUGCACUUUGGGUCAAUACAUCGAGGAUCUCUGCGGAAGUGCUGACUCCAUCUGCCAUGCUAAUGGCUGCGACCGUCAGAUGGCUCAGCAUCACCGUACUUAUGUCCACGAUGAGGCACACAUCACUGUCUUCAUCGAGAAAAACGCUCCUCUACCGUUCGACCCUACUUUGCUGAAAAAGGAUGAGGUGAUCCUGCAAGAUGGGGAAGACCCAGAUGACCCCAUCUACCUCUGGAGCUAUUGCAAGAUUUGCAAGAGAGACAUGGGUUUCGGUUCUUUAUCGCCCACUGCGAGGAAGUAUUCAUUCGGAAAGUACCUGGAGCUAUCGUUCUGGGGCCGAGGACUCAAAUGUUGGCCAGAUCUGGAAUGCCCGCAUGACUACCAGAAGGAACACAUCCGUUACUUCAACUACCACGACACGUCUAUGAGGGUACACUUUGACCCGAUUGACCUCCUUGAGAUCAUAGUACCACGCACUCGCCUGACGUGGAAAGUUGACAACGACCUGAGGCUGAAAAACGACAUCUUUACCAAGGAAGAGCAACGGUGGAACCGCUUCAUGAACUCGGUCAAAACAAGGCUCAAGAGCAUCCGGAUUGACAGCGUCCUCCCCGAAAAGGCCGAUACUUGCAAGGCCGAAAUCGAAAGACUGACUAAGAAAGCAUCAGAGGACCAGCCAAGGAUGAUUCGCGAACUGCAAGCCACAUAUAUCAAUUCGGCGUACUACGAAGUCAUCCCACUCAAUCGCGUUGUCCGCACAAUGAUCGAGAGGGUUGCAGAGUGGGACUCUGCAUUUGCCAAGUUUGAGGCCGAUUUCCUAUCUGACAAGGACGUCAGGCAGAUAACCAUUAACCAGUUGAAGAAAAUGUUCUCUGACAAUGACUCCAAAGAGUCUCUGCCGGUUUCUGCAGAUGGUACCAGUAUUGCCUCGGCGGACACAGACGAGAAGACGUCGCCGCCAACGACUCAGAAUUCAGUGAUUGAAAUCAACGAAAAAACCCAGAGCGAGCCGCACUUGCCUGCGACUUCGCCGAAAGCGGAUGAGCUCUUGGAUAAGGUUGAAGGCGGGCGAGAGGAAAAGGCUGCGGAUUCUGAUGAUAUCGAGCCACCAAAACCAGAUGUUCAUGAUCCAGCUCCAGUAUCGUCCAGCGAACCUUUGCCUCCAAAGGAUCAGGAACCGACGCAGGACCAUUCAGCCGAGCAGAACGGUAACUCUGAGAUCGGAGACCGCGAUAGCAAGCAGGAACAAGCAGUCCAAGAGUCCCAGUUGCCUCAGGUGGAAGUUGACGAGAUCAAGGUGGACUCUCUGCCGUCGACGGAAGCAUUAGACAUUCCCGAUGUACUACCAGUCACUCAGAUUCCGACUCCAGUGCACUCCAAGGCACCUUCCCGAAAUCAUUCGCGGUCUACUUCUUUGCGGCCCGAUUCUUCGCUGUCACUCACAGAGAAGGUGGAACAGCUACGGCGCCAGCAACGGGAAGCUGUGGCGGCGGAUGCCAAUGGUGGAAGAGAAGGCAAAGAUGUCCCGAAGGCUCCAGAGAGAGGUCCAUCCCGUAGGGCGGGAUUGACGGUCUCACCUCCGAUCACUCGUGCCAUCUCUCAGCCAAUAGGCGUUCUCCCAAGGACGCAGACAGGAAUUGGCAGGCCACUUCAGGUCACCGUGCCGAAGAGCGCUGAGCUGCCUACAGGAGGGGACAAUCGGCGCAUAUCAAACGCCGAGUCCUCCAAGAGCGACAAGUCCAAGCUUUCGGAUAGAUUUGGGCUCGCGGCUCUCAAGACUAAGAAAGCCGGAGGUUCCUCGAUCCCGCGGUACGUUCACAAGAGGAAGGAGACCAAGGUGUCGAAUCUUGCUCGACACUUCGAGCAGCUGAGCCGUGAAUUCGAGAGAGAGCGCAUCCGGGAUCGCAAGCAGAGAGCCGCCAAACUCCAAUCUUCUCGCGCGUUCUUGCCGCGAACUUCGGCGAAAGCGAUAGUAGAAGUUUACGACGAUGUAGACCAGGCUGUCUUGGAGCCAGGGCCCUCGGAUGAUGAUCACUUGCAGGGCAGCCAACAGAGCCAUACCAAGAUGACGGAAUUCAACCCAGACGACGCGACAACCGCGCCCGAGUCGGAGAGGACGUCAGAUGAGACUGUUGGUGGUAAUGAUACGGCUGGGGCGACCGAGCCCGUUUCUCAGCCUGACAGCACUGGCACUGAGCAUGACAACGAGAAGAAAUUAGCCAGUCAGGCUGGGUCUGACGACGAGGCCGAGGGCGUCGUCGACUCGCUGGACUCGAGCGAGGAGAUACCUCUUGAGUUGCCAAAGCAUCAAAAGACCAGUCUCAUGAAGAUGCUCACCACGUUCUGGGCUGAACGCUCUGCGAGUGGCUGGCCCCAGCUUGAUUACCCCAUGAACUUCACGGAUCACAUUUUCACCGAUUCUGACGUGAUCGUGAGGGAAGACGAGCCAAGCUCCCUCAUCGCCUUUGCCUUGGGGUCCGAGGAUUACAAGGCCAAGCUAGCAGUCAUUCAAAGGCAGUGGAAGAUGAGCGAGCAAAAGGACAGCGAAGGGGAGGCUUUCAGCGACACGAAGUCCCUCGACCCAUCAGAACCUGGUGACGAGUUCAUGGGUGAAGAGGAGCUAGAAAAGAGCCUGCUGCGCGCCACGGGCACACACCUGAAGUAUCAGUUUACGGAAGGCUCAGCAAAGAUGCUCUGCAAGAUCUUCUACGCAGAGCAGUUCGACGCCCUGCGCCGAAAAUGCGGUGCCGCGGAUCGCAUCAUCGAGUCACUGUCGCGUUGCCUUAAAUGGGACUCCAAAGGCGGAAAGACGAAAUCGGUAUUCCUGAAGACCCUCGAUGACAGGCUGGUGAUGAAGUCCCUGUCGCCGAUCGAGACCUCUGCGUUCCUGCGCUUCGCACCAGCCUAUUUCAACAUAAUGGCAGAGGCUCUUUUUCACGACCUGCCUUCGGUAAUCGCCAAAAUGUUGGGUUUCUUCCAAGUUAUUGUCAAGAACCCAGCUACUGGCACCGAGAUCAAGCUGGACCUGCUGGUGAUGGAGAACCUGUUCUAUGACCGCUCGCCAACGCGAAUCUUUGAUCUCAAGGGAUCUAUGAGGAACCGCAAGAUACAGUCCACUGGCGAGCAGAACGAGGUGCUGUUGGACGAGAACAUGGUCGAGUACAUCUACGAGAGCCCGCUUUUCGCAAGGGAGCAUAGUAAGAAGCUUCUAAGGGCUUCUGUCUGGAACGAUACGCUCUUCCUGGCAAGACAGAAUGUCAUGGACUACUCGCUCAUGAUCGCAGUCGACGAGUCUCGCAAGGAACUGGUCGUUGGCAUCAUCGACUGCAUACGUACAUAUACCUGGGACAAGCGUCUCGAGUCGUGGAUCAAGGACCGCGGAUUCGCAGGUGGUGGGAGGAACAAGCCAACGGUUACGUCACCAAAGGAGUAUAAGAGCAGGUUUAGGGAGGCCAUGGCGAGGUACAUACUGCAGGCGCCGAACUGUUGGCACCACUUUGGUGUUCCGGGCCACGGCCCAAUGGAGAGGGGGUUGCUGGAAGGGCCAAGGUCGGCUUUCGAAGGGGAUGCUUGA